AUGAGACCUAAACAGCACGAUGCGGUAUUAGAUUACUAUGGCCGGCGGCUGGCAACAUGUUCCAGCGACAAGACGAUCAAGAUCUUUGAGAUUGACGGCGACCAGCACCGACUAACGGAAACAUUGAAAGGUCAUGACGGGGCCGUCUGGUGCGUAAGCUGGGCUCACCCGAAAUUCGGCACUCUGCUCGCAUCCUCAUCCUACGACGGCCGCGUACACAUCUAUCGCGAAACCCCAGCACAACAACCCAACCAACAACCGACAUGGUCUCUCGUCUUCACUUCGACAAUUCACACAGCCUCGGUGAACAUGGUAUCAUGGGCACCGCCGGAGUUGGGAUGUCUGCUCGCCUGCGCGUCAUCCGAUGGCAACGUCAGCGUUCUAGAGUUCCGAGACAACCAAUGGGCCCAUGUGAUCUUCCCCGCCCACCCUAUGGGCGUCAAUGCAGUGAGCUGGGCGCCAGCGGGUGCUCCAGGAGCGAUUGCGCGCAAGGACGGCGGUACAGGGAACCCACCGACUCGACGCUUCGUCACAGGCGGCAGCGACAAUGCCGUCAAGAUCUGGGAUUUCAACGCCACAUCGCAGACAUACGAGAACACCGCAGUUCUGCCGCAGGGCCAUUCCGACUGGGUUCGUGACGUGUCGUGGUCGCCUACCUUAUUGUCCAAGACGUAUAUUGCCAGCGCCAGUCAGGACAAGACGGUCAAGAUCUGGACCAAUUCCACUCCAGACAUGGCGGCAGGAUCGUGGACGCUUGCCAAGACACUCGAGUUUGAUGCCGUCUUGUGGCGUGUCAGCUGGAGUCUGAGCGGGAAUAUCUUGGCCGUUAGUGGCGGCGAUAACAAGGUCACGCUGUGGAAGGAAGAUCUGAAGGGGAACUGGGAGUUGGUUCGAGAGGUCACCGAGUGA